CGUCACAGCAGCCUUAUAAAGAGGAACACUCUUCAGUGCCCACACACACUCGAUUUUUUUUUCUUCUCUGAGACGGAAAAAAAGAGAGAGACACAUCCAAGAUGAGACUGUUCCUUGCAGUAGCCGUGCUGAUGCUGGCUUUCAUUGCAUACACGGAGGCCCAGGAGGAGACAUUUGAGGAGAAGAUGACCAAUUUUGGCAAUCAGAUGACUGAGUUCUUCAGAGGUGUUGUUGAGAGGGCUAAUGCUGGCAUCGAAGACAUGAAAAACAGUCAAGCUGUAACAGAUGCAAGAUCCUGGGCUGAGAAGUUGUCUGAAAGGUUGAUGAAUAAUUUUCAAAGACCCGGCCAGUAAACAAAUGAACAGCUGACUUCUCCACCACCUAACCCCACCUCUGACGCCUUGACACAUCAUCAGCCAACAUGACAACAUUGUUACAUGGCCGCUUUAAAGAAGUUUUAUUUGUCCUAAUUUGACUAUCAUAAUUUGAAAGCAAUAAUGUGAAAGAGAUUUUAAGAUAUUGAAUAAUAAAGAUGUUUUUGUAUGAAA